AUGAGGACCGUCCUGAUCCCUCCCAACUCACACACGCUGCGACAUCUGGCAAAGAUGCAAGACCAACAUUUGCUCCAUGCCUUGUUCGUUGACGUGCCAUGGGCUAUGUUCGGGAUUGUCUUAGAGCAGCAGCAGACACCUUCUCUUUUACAGAAAGGCUAUGUCUUCAUUGCGGACGCCUCUUCUUGUCUGUGCUGCAUGUUUUGCUCGCUUGACACUCCAGAAGAGAGGGUUUUGAUACAAUGCCAAAAGAAAACAUGCCACCUCGAUUGUAGCAUAAACAGGGUUCGGACGCAGACGCCGGACACGUGGCGGAGGCAUAAUGAUGGCAAAGUCUACCCGGAUGAAGCCAAUGACGUGCAUCCUGAAACCGCAGACCCUAAAGCUUAUUCCGAUGGUGCAAGCUGCACGCAGCGCAAUGGCCGGCCUUAUGCCAUCAAUGCGUUUGAGGUCGCUUGUCGAUUGGCUAUGUGGCCGUAUGUAAAUUGA